GGAGAAACACAUUAUUAUAGAAGAAGUAAUGGCAGGGUCAAGAUUCUUCUGCAAUCAUCUCUUGAUUCUUUUUCUGGUGUUAAUGAACUUGGUUUUGAAGGGUGGAAGCGUUGGAGUGAACUGGGGAACGAUGGCCUCUCACCAGCUUCCUCCAGAGAAGGUUGUUCAGAUUCUGACUGAGAAUGGGUUUGAUAAGGUGAAGUUGUUUGAAGCCAAUGACGAGAUCUUGACAGCUUUGGCCGGGACAGGUAUCGAAGUAAUGGUGGCUAUACCUAAUAUCAUGUUGCAGGAUAUGAGUGGGGAUCCUCAGGUUGCACGGAACUGGGUCGAAGAGAAUAUAACAGGAUACACAAACAUUGGAGGAGUCAAUAUCAGGUAUGUUGCUGUGGGCAAUGAACCCUUCCUCCAGACAUACAAUGGCACCUUCUCACAAGUCACCCUGCCUGCCUUGCAGAAUGUUCAGAAAGCCUUAAAUGAGGUUGGGCUUGGAAACCGUAUCAAAGCAACUGUUCCAUUCAAUGCUGAUAUCUACAAUUCCCCUGUUUCAAAGCCAGUCCCUUCUGCUGGUGACUUCAGGUCAGACAUACGUGAACUUACAAUUGAAAUAGUUCAGUACCUCAAUGAGAAUGCUGCCCCUUUCACUGUUAAUAUCUACCCAUUCCUUAGCCUCUAUGGCAAUGAAUACUUCCCUGUGGACUAUGCUUUCUUUGAGGGGUCAGACAACGGAAUCAAAGACGGCAAUGCCAUCUACACCAAUGUGUUUGAUGCCAAUCUCGACACACUUCAUUGGGCCCUUAAGAAAGCUGGAUACCCCAACAUGCCAAUCAUAGUAGGAGAAGUUGGGUGGCCAACAGAAGGUGAUAAGCAUGCGAACCUCAAUAAUGCAAGGAGAUUCACACAGGGACUACUUCACCAUGUUCUGAGUGGUAAUGGAACCCCAAUGCGGAAAAGGAAGAUUGACGUUUACCUCUUCAGCCUCAUGGAUGAGAAUGCCAAAAGCAUUGCACCUGGGAAUUUUGAGAGGCACUGGGGUAUCUUCGAGUUCGAUGGGAAGCCAAAAUAUGAGUUGGAUCUAUCUGGUCACCAAGAGAACAAGGGUCUGAUAGGAGCACACGAUGUCAAAUACUUACCGAGGAGGUGGUGUGUAUUGGACCAGCAAGCAGAUGACUUCUCUGAAUUGCCUACCAGUAUAGAUUUUGCUUGCACCUUUUCUGAUUGCACCUCAUUGGGGUAUGGGUCCUCCUGUAACCACCUAAGUGUCCAUGGGAAUGCUUCUUAUGCAUUCAACAUGUUCUACCAGUUGAGGAACCAGAAUAGUAGGGAUUGUGAGUUCUCGGGUCUGGCAAUAGUGACCUAUGAGGAUCCAUCAAAUGGACAUUGCCAGUUUCCGAUAAUGAUUGCAUAUAAUUCUGCACUGGCAUUGCAGAUACAUGCAUUGGUCACCUUCAUCUCACUAUUUUGGGAAAUUAUGGUCUUAUUUCUUGUAUAACAGAGAGCUUCUUUAU